GUGGAAAGGCUGCCUAUAACGCUGGUGUUCAGCUUAUCAUUGAUAAGAAUAAUAUUGAAGAGGCCACAGUUGGUGCAAAUUACUUUAUGACAUAUCAUAGUGUAUUGAAACAACCAGAUGAUUAUAUUAAUGCAUUGAAAGCAGCUAGAUAUUAUGCUAAUAAGGUAACCCAAUCAUGGUAUACAACAACAACAUCAGGUCAAAUCGAUAUGACUGGACCAAUACAGAAUAAUACUGUUUUCCCUUACAG